AUGGCACUCAAUAACGACCUCAAUAACAAGGCUGGUCUUGACACCGUCACCCAAGAAGAACAUGAGGACAUUACGUUCACCUUCGCGGCUCUGGCUGACCCUGAAGCCGCCUCUGAUUCGGCCAGUGUACUGGCUGAUGCCGCGGACUUUGAUUCAAGCAACUUGACCAAUAACGUCUUUUACAUCAACCUGAGCCCCAAUACUGAGUCACUCAAUGACUAUUGGCGGCAAAGGCUCAAAGCUGCGACCGAGAACGUCGAUAUGAGUAGCGGUUUCUUCAAUGAGAAGGCCUCCAGGACCCUGAAUGAUGUCCUUGCUGGAGGGCAAAUUUCCCCCAAGGAUGAAAUCAAGAAGGCGAGCUAUUUUGCCAAGGAGACGAACUUCGUUACUAAGAAGGAAGACUUGCACAAAGCCCUCAUUUCGCACUUUACACAGGGUCUGAACCUCCCAAACAACGUUCUGGAUAAGUUCGAAGGGUUCCUGGCCAACGUCCAGAACACAAUCAAGAACUCGCCGACACCAUCCAGAGAAGGCAUUACAAUCUAUAUCUAUGCUGUGAUUUACGUCAAAGAUGAAAUGAUCCAGCAGUGGCAACCUUAUAUUCGAACCAUCUCCUUUAAGGCCAGUCAGAGCCUGAGCACCUACGUAAAGGAUAAGAACAGCCAGAGUACUGGGAGCCAAGUUAAUGUCGACUUCCAGUACGUUCAAUUUGACGGCUCUUUUAACAAUGAUCUCUUCGAGAGGUCUGCUAAGCCUGCUCUUAUGCAAGUCCAGCGAGGGGGAACUACUAUAAAGCCUUUAAACAUUACCUUUGAUGGUAAUUAG